UAUUUUACUAAGCUCAGUGCAAAUUGAUCUUGCUGUCAUUAUCAAUUGAACUCAUUCCUCAAAAGCUUGUUUGAACAGGUAUGUCUUCAACUGGUUCUUGAAAGAUAACAGGGAAGGAGCAGUUUUAAUCUCAAUGGGGAGAGAGUUCCAAAGGGCCGGGGCGGCUACCGAAAAUGCCCUCUCUCUCGUUGCCGCUAACCAUAUUUGAGGCGGUGGCGGCAACGGGAAAAGAGUCUCUCUGGAAGAUCUUAAUGAUCAGGUGGGUUGGUAAGUGGUGAUGCGGUCAGGUAAGUUGGGCCUGAACCGUUCAGGUCAAAAAAUCAAAACCAAUAUCUUGGAAAUAUAUUGACAGCCAGUGUUGGUGCUGUAACAGAGGGGUGGUAUGCUCCCUGGGUCCAGCACCUGUCAAUAGCCUGGCUGCAGAUCUCUGGUUUCCAGAGUUUCCAGGCACCUUUCAAGGGCAUCCCCAUGUAGAGCCCGUUACAGUAGUCUAAAUGGGAUGUAACUAAGGUGUGGACCACCAUGGUCAAGCCUGGUUUCUCAAGGUAUGGUUGCAGCAGGCGCACAAGUUUUAAUUGUGCAAAGGCCUUCCUGGGCUACUGCCAACACCUUGGGGCCCUUCCACACAGCCAUAUAACCCAGAAUAUCAAGGCAGAUAAUGUCGGAGUUUAUUCAGCUGUGUGGAAGGGACCUUCAGCCUAAGGUUUAUUCAAGAAGGCUUGUUGCUUGAACGAUAGUAGGGAAGGUGCCAUUUUUAUCUCCCUGGGGAGGGUGUUCCAAAGCCUCGAGGUGGCCACUAAGGUAGCCCUCUCUCUCGUCGCUAACAACCACAUUUGGGAUGGCAGCAGAAGCGAGAGCAGCACCACCCCUGAUGAUCUUAGGGUUUGCUUAGGUUGGUAUGAAGAGAUGUGGUUGGAUAAGUAAGUUGAGCCUGAAGAGUUUAGGGCUUUAAAGGUCAAAAUCAACACCUUGAAUCGGGCUCGGAAACAGACUGGCAGCCAGUGAAGGUGCUGUAGCAGGUAUAGAGCAAGAAGAUACUGGAAAGGAGGGUGGAAAAAGCAGGGACGUGAUGAGGCUUAAUAAAGAAGAUAUGCACUUAUUUGGCCAUUAUCCAGCUCAUGAUGAUUUCUAUCUAGUAGUGUGCAAUAUCUGCAAUCAGGUAGUCAAGCCACAGGUUUUCCAGUCACACUGCGAACGAAGACACAGUUCAAUGUGUAAACCUUCCCCAUCUCCAGCUUCUCCACCCUGCAAUUCCAGGGCAUCACUAAUACAGAUGAAACCGAAAUCCUGUAUCAGCGGCCAUAACCCUGUCAACAACAACUCAAAGCCAUUCAAAACGCCCAAAGACAAUCUAAUUACCUCCACUAGCAAACAGCACAUGGUAUUUUCUUCAAAAAUAUCAAGGGAUAAACCUUGUGUUCCUGUUCCUGUAGUCAGUCUAGAGAAAAUUCCUAACCUAGUGAAGGCAGAUGGUGCCAAUAUUAAAAUGAACUCUACAACCACUACCACCAUCACCACCUCCUCCUCAGCCUCUUCAUCCACCAUACCUGCUCCAAUUAAAUCUGCUUUGACAUCUAAAUCAGUGCCACCAUCACCAGAAAAGAUUCUGAACGGCAAAGCAGUGAUAGCUCCAUCAAUAGACAAGAAGCACCAAAACGGCACUAAAAACAGUAGCAAGUCUUACAAGAGAGUUUCAGGUGCAACAGUGCCAGAACGUUGUCAACAAAGAGGAAAGAAUUCUGAGGAGACUGUGAUGAGGGUGACAGAAGUUCCAGGAGACAAGACAUAUAAGGGAAGGCUGAAGGAGCUGGAACGUGAGUUUGACCCAAAUAAACACUGUGGGGUGUUGGAUCCUGAGACAAAGAAGCCCUGCACAAGAUCACUUACCUGCAAGACACAUUCACUUAAUCAUCGGCGAGCAGUUCCUGGACGUAGAAAACAGUUUGAUAUCCUUCUAGCUGAACACAAAGCUCGAUCACGGGAAAAGGAAGGAACAAAAGACAAAGAGCAUUCACAAAGUAUAAGGGAAACACAUCAGAACCAACCUGUAGUAGUGCAUGAGGUUCCAUCAGGAGCAUCAGUGAAUGCUGGGCAAGAACUCAAAGGGACAUCACCUGCAAAAUCCAGACUGCCCAAUUCAGUAUUUCCUAGACCCUCUGCUACAAACAGCGUAAAUAGCACUUGUUCUUCAAACCACAGUGGAUAUGCACAAGAACUGCCUCUGCCGUCCAUUGGAGAUGUGCCUAGCAGACUAUCCAGUGAUGAAGGGGAAGUGGAUGGAUCUGAAGAAUCUGAGAAGUUGGACUGUCACUAUUCAGGACACCAUCCCCGGCCUCUUGCGUUUUGUUCAUUUGGAAGUCAUUUGAUGGGAAGAGGAUACUACGUCUUUGACAGAAGAUGGAAUCGUUUUCGACUAGCACUAAAUUCCAUGGUAGAAAAACACUUAAAUUCACAGAUGUGGAAGAAAAUCCCUCCUGCAGUUGACAGCCCAGUGCCAUCUCCAGCAGCACAUACCACCACCCCAUUUUCAGCAUCAGUUUUGCAGCCUUUCAGCAAUCCCAAUGCAGUAUAUAUUCCUUCAGCGCCAGUCAAUUCAAGAAUCUCUUCUUCCUACAUAAUGACUUCAGCCAUGUUAUCAAAUGCAACUUUUGUGACUACAUCAGAUACAAAUCCCAUUAUGUCACAUAGUACAGCUUUUCCUCAUGUUGCUGCCAGCCCGAGUAUCAUCGAUUCAGCUUUUAAGACUCCAUCAGCCACGUCACCAGUGCCAGCAGUCAUCCCUUCCCCGUCCCACAAGCCAUCCAAAACUAAAACCAGCAAAUCCUCAAGAGUCAGAGAUCUGUCUUGCCGCAGUGACGAGUCCUCUAGUAACAAAAAGAGAAAGCUGUCUUCUUCCUCCUUACUGUCUUUGCAGACUUCCUUGUCAUCUUCAUUUUCAGGGUCUCACAAAAAGAAUUGUAUCCUGAACCCAAGUUCAACACUGAACUCUUAUCAGGCUACAGUUUCCUCUAACAGUGUGUCAGUGCACAAUGCAAACAAUGGAACAACCCCACUCAGUGCCAAAUCAGAGCCUUCAGGGCGGACUUUGUUAUUAAGUAGCUCAACAGACUCAGUGAAACAUAUGAGCAUUGUUGUAAGCAGUACUGACUCAUCUAAUUUGCCUGUAUCCUCCCUUGUUCACCAUUCAGGGGACCACUCUCUAGCAGCACACAAUGCAGUGUCUUCUCUACCCCUUUGUUUUGACAAAUCAGGAGGGAAAAAACGUAAAAACUCUAGUUCUAGUAGCAAAGCCUGUAAAAUCACUAAAAUGCCUGGUAUGAAUAGUGUUCACAAAAAGAGCACUGCCAAUCUUAUUUCUACGGUGCCAGAUACUCCCAACAGCUCUGUGUCACGACAGAUGGGGAAAAAUAGCAGUGUAGCUUUGUCUCAGUGCAGUCCUUCCAGUACAUCAAAUCCAAUGCACAACAAACAAAAGACGUUAAAUCGGACUGGCAGAAUAAGGACUCUUCCAUGACAGAAAAAGCAACCAGCCUAUAAAUCUAUAGGUCUUAGCAGCCCUAUGCCAGAGAUUCUUGUUUUACUUUUUAUGUCCUACAGAUUGUUUUAACUUCAGAUUGUUUAAAAAAGGAAAUCUACACAAGACCAUAUUUCUAGUUUAUUUUAGUUUCCCACAAGUAUUGGCCUCUGAUCUGUGUAAUGCAGUUUCAUUUCUAAUUCUGCCUUUUGAAACAAAUUGUUGCAUUUUCCCCUUUGUUCCCUGCAGCAAUGAGAGCAGCAGACAUUCCAAAAUAAUGCAGUUUGUGGUAAACUAUAUUUAACAAAACACUUCAUUAUUUUAAAAAUUGUAGUAACUUCUGUAUUUAUUAUUAUCUGAAGAAUUUUAAAAAAUUGUCUAGUGCAUUUCUUGGUAGUAUAUAAUAGUAGUGGGGGAAAUAUGAUGUGCCCAGAAAUUUCAUUGACUUUUGUUAGUGGUUUCAGUGUAGCACUUCUUCAUGGUGGUCUUUCUGAUCUUCUCAAUGGACCCAAAGGUUUAUGUAAUUGCUCCCAUGAUCUCGAUAAGAAUGGAAAAAUGUAGAUGGAGGGACCCAAAGAAUCUAUACUACUGUUCUACUUAAUAAUAAAAUUAUUCUUAAAAAGAUAGGAGUUGGACAACCUGAAUCUGCAUUGAUAGGACAUACUGAAUUUGUAUCAGUAGAAUUGCACUGACAAUGUUUUACAGGAAUUACUAAAUAUUUUUUUUUAAUAAAAGUAGAUUUUAUAACCAGGAAAUUCAGUAAUAUUAGGGUACUGCAAAAUUAGUUCAGAUGGGUUACCUUUUAUUUCUACAGUGUUAAAAGUGCACUUAUAUGCUGGUUUAUUUACAUCUUGGGGAAAAGAAUACAAAUAGGGAGAUGGUUACUUUUUCAUUUAAAAAAAGGCUUAAACCAGAGUUUAAAACUUAUAAAAUGUUUAACAACUGUAAAGAAGGCUAGGCCCUUUCGGGUAAAAUUAGAAGAUAUUCCUAAAGUAAUUUUAUAGUGUUAAUUUUGUAAUAAUUUAUGUUUUGCUAUAUUUGGGAAGUGACAGGAAUACUUUCAUGAGCAGUAUGAAACUAAGGAAAGUUUCAGCAAUGUUUAUAUUUUUCAUGUACUUUUGAGUUAUGUUUUAUUGUACAUUUCUCCAGACUGAAAAGUGUGUACAUAUCUUUGUUAUUUUUGCACAAAUUUUGUCUUCGGUUGUUAGAAAAAAGAGCCUUGUUAACUUUUUAAAAAACUAAUUUAUUUUGUGUUGUGUAACUUCAGGAGUUUUCAAAUCUCAGUAACAAAAGACCCUCUAGUUGAUGAACUGCCAGUUUUUUACUUUGAGAGGGAAAAUGGUGAGAUUUCGUGGCUGUUUCUGAGAAUUAUUGCCGCUGUGACUGAAGGAACAAGUGUUAAGAUCGCCUUAGCACACAUCUGUUAUGUAGGAAACCGGACUGUGGAAAGUAUUCUUUGAAUGCUGCUUAUAUAUCUAUUUCUUCAUUUUCAGUGGCUUAGGCUGGAAAGCAUUUUCAAAGCCUAAGUAUCAAUAAAACCUCCCAUACUUUUUUGUUCUCUGCAUUUAAACUAUAGAAAUAGCUAUUUAAUUUUAUACAUACUAAAUUGUUUCACCUGAAAAAUGAAAUGCAGUUUUAAAAAUGGAUAUGAACUGGACCAGCCUAUAAUGUAUUAUUAGUGUAGUGUUAGUUCAAUCGUUAUUUUUCUUUCCUCUGCCUCCCCCAAUCCCAUUUGCCUGAAAACUUUGUGAUUCGUUUCCAGCAAUAGAGGCUCAGAAGUUUUGGUUGUUACACAUCCACGAUGCAUAGGCCUGUCAGCCAUAUUUUUAAAAAUGCGACUUGGAUAACUUGUAUGCCUUCUUUUGUAUCAAUGUUAAAAAUUGUACAUAGUGCUGAUCAACCUUUGUAGAAAAUAGUUUAUACAGCAUAUUCUAUUAUUGCUGAUUCUCAGUGAACUAUUGUUUAAAAGGAAAAAAAGAAAAUUUUCUAUUUACACCUUAUAUUUUGUUAUGCUGUUGUCCCAUGGCACUUUAACAAAACUCUGUGGGUUUUGCAUAGCUGGUCAGUCAUGGGGAAUAUAAACUGUUGCACAGAAAUGAAUUUGCACCUCCUCUAUUGUGCUUUCCUACUACAGAUUUUAGAAUCUUUUUCCAGAAGACUUUUGAAGAAAGCAUGUCCAAACGUUCUAAAAGAAAAUGCCAUAUGUGUAAAGUCAAUUUCUUUUCUACGAACCCAUAUUUUGUAACACUAAGUAUUUUCAUUCUUUAAACUGCACCUUUUAUGUAUUAGCAGUAUCAGAGAGAACCCAUUCCAUGCUUGUGAUAAUUGUAAGUGUUGAAAGUAGGUGUAAAUAGUAAGCUUUAUGGCUUUCAGUUUUGGGGGAAAAAGGACAAAAGAACAAACAUGUAUCUGACUGAUACUGCCAUGGUUCAAAGCCAGGCCUGGAGAUAUUCUCUAGUGAGCGAUUGUAUUUCUUUUUGUUUUACUUUUGCUUUAUUAUUAUUAUUUUUUGUAACAUGGCUUUGUAAAUAAAAUAAUUUAUAUGUUUGUAAGAAA